CGGAAACAUGAUAUGUUUAUUACCUUCUGGUAAUAUAAACAAAAUAUAUAUCUACUAUUAAUAGAAAGUAGUGAAAAUGUUGGAAAUAAAAGGUGUCAGAGAUAAAUUAAUGAGAGCGGUGGAGUGUGACCAGACCGGACUUAUUUUGGAAGCACAAGAUCUGUACGAUGAUGGGAGACAAAUGCUCUAUCAAAUUAUGGCGCACGAAACGGACGAGGCUAAGAAAAAAAGUCUGAAUGAGCGUAUUAGGGAAUAUAUUGACCGUGCUGAACAAAUUAAGGAGCAUGUACAAAAGCUUGGCGUUGGUGGAAAACUUGUAGCACACAUACCAAUAGAUGAAAACUCUGUGGGUAAUAGUUAUCGAUCGCUUUUUGGAAAAUACUUGGAUGCUGAAGUAAAGGAAGUUCUGCUGGAAGAACCACAUCUUUAUAGAAGACAUCAUUUUCAGAAUCUUAUAUCAUUUUUGGAGUUGCUUGUAAAGAACUGUCCGUGCUUUAGGUAUAUCCGUUUGGUGACUAAAACUUCUAGCGAGUCACCAGACGACCAAAGGAAUGCACUAGAGCAGAUUAAAACUGAUCUUUCAAGGCGCAAUGUGACUUUAAGGAUUAAAAUUGUAGACACCCAACAUGAUCGUAAAGUUGUAUUAAGCAGUGGUUAUAUUAUAAUGAUCGGUCUCGGUUUGGAUAUUUUUAAACCUCUGAACCCUUUCUAUAGUCUUGGAUUAUGCGAUAAUGACUUCCGAAAUUGUAAACAGACCGAAGUUAACAUUUUUCGUAAAAAAAAUUUGGCUUCUUAAGAUAUGCGUAAAAAGGUUCUUGAUAAAAAAAACAUCUGCCGUUGGCACAACAUCAAGUCGCGCAGCAAGACCUGGCCAAACAGAGGAUGUACGAGCCAGUUAUAUACAUAUGUAUAUAUAUAUAUAUAUAUGUACUUAGACAAAUUUGUUGUUUUAUGCAUUUUUCAUAAGUGUGUAAAAAAAAAUGCCAUAAAUCAGUAAGACGAUACGUAUUAGCGUAAUUAUUGAAAAGAUAAACCUACGAAAUUGAGUAUGGUUUAUUUUCUUAUAAUUGGUUUUUUUUUAUUUAGAUUUUAAUUAUGAGAUAGCUUGCACAAAUAAUUAUUUUACUACUUCAUUGAAUAAUAAUUCCCACUAAUUUCUCUUGAACUUCAAACGUUUCAAUAAGAAUUUUAUAUGUGUUGGAAUAAGUGGGAUCCAUGCAAUAGUAAAUCUUCAGAAUUUCUAUUUAUAAUUGUACCUUCACAAGAACCCAAUGUCUUUUUUCAUUUUCCUUUAAUUUCUGCCAGCUAAUUCUUGGGCGAUAGAAUUUUUUGUCGCUAGCAAUGUUUCUAAGAGUUUGAAUAUUUUGUUGCAGUUGGCAUCAUUAACUACCCAAGCUACGAAAUAGGCAAGAAAACUUCAUUGCAGGUGAGACUCAGCGGCUGUUACAGCAGUUUAUUAAGCCUUGCCGGCUUGUUGUACCUACAAUUCCAGUAUAAAGGCCAACUAGUAACUUGUGGCUCCCCACACACAUGGCUCUUUCCAUUGUCACAGAUGCGCGCGUAAGCGAACGCGAGUUGUGCUAGGUGAUGUUGUUGUUGUAGACGCAAAACUAAACUCUGUCAGUGUAGUGUAAGUCACCGGUCAUCUUCUUUCAACUCAUAUAAAGGUAGGCAUAGGAAACGUCGACAAGUUGCAUCCACAAGUAGAGAGGUAUUAGGUAAGUACGCUUGAUAAGGCGUGUGAAUAGGUGGCUAUUGUCGUGGAUUACCGGAAUGACUCGGGUUUUUCCCGACCAAGGCCUGCCGCCACAGUAAACCAGCUCUGUCUAUAGCACCGUACCUCUGUAGCUAUGAAACUCGUGUUAGUUGAUUCAACUAAUUUUUAACAUUUACGUAACUUUCAGCCUUUUUUCCAACAACACUUUAUUCUCGAGUCGUUAAAUAA